AUGCUCGAGCUGUCUUUUCAAAAUGCACAAGAAGUGGUGGACCAAAAUAACAGUGCCAGUUUACAAGAAAAAAAACAAAUUCAAAUCCUUCAGGAUGUUAUUGUUAAGCCAGCUUCUACAAGCAGUGAAACUACAACUUUUCAAGAACCUCGCUGCAAUUCAUCUAUUGCUUUUCAAGAACCUAGCUUCAGUUCAACUUUACACGAUAUCUCAAUGCGGGUAAGUCCUCGAGUUAGAAAGACUUAUUUAGACUUUACGCCUAAAAGAAAGAAAAUACAAAAAUCAGAAAACGAUGUUUAUGUUAGUCCUAGUACAGGCAAUACUCUUCAUGUACUGGAAAACGCUGAAUACGGACUUGCAACUCCUAUCCGCAAAUAUUAUAAUUUACGAAAAGAAACCCCAGUAACUCCGAACGUAUCAAAUCUUACAAGCAGGACUAGUUCAAUUAGUGACAUUUCAUGUGCAAAAUCCUUAUUAUGCCCACUAUCCAACGAGGAAAUCUGUGCAAUAUAUGACACCCAAACGCAGAAUAAUCAAAGUUCAUUGACAAAUUUGAAUAUUUCUACAAUUUAUGGUAAAGAUUUAAAUCCAGAUGCAUCUAAUAACAAUUGUACUCGCAACCCUUCCGAGAAAAUCUGUGAAAUAUAUGACACUCAAACGCAAAAUGAACAAAGUUCAUUAACAUAUUUGAAUAUUCCUGCAAAUUCUGCUAAAGAUUUUGAACCCGAUUCAUCUGAUGAUAGUUAUGCUCCCAACUCGUCUGACCUAGAAACUGAUUCUUCUUACUCCGACGAUAGUGAUGGUGAUGAUAGCGUAAUAACUUACUAUGAAAACAGUUCUGAAACCGAAUUAGUUCAAAUACUUGAAAAUACUCAAUGUACAGAAAACAAUAAUUUUGACGAGUGGGAAGACAUUAACGAUACGAAACCUGAUUUCGAUGAAUUCACAGAUAAUUGUAGACCAAACAUUCCGGAUAAUACUAUAACGCCAGCAGAUUUUUACAGUCUAUUUGUAACGGAUGAAAUUAUUGAGCAAAUGGUAAUAAACACAAACAAUUACGCACAAGAUCUUAUUAGUAAUCUAAGUAAUCUUAAGCCUAAAUCACGCUUGCGAGCCUGGACUCCUACAACUCCAGAGGAGAUGAAAAAAUUUUUAGGAGUGCUACUGGCGAUGGGUCUUGUAAGAAUACCACGUUUAAAUGAUUACUGGUCGAAAAGAAACAUCUACAAUAAUAAAUACAUUAGUUCAGUUAUGACAAGAGAUCGAUUUCUGCUAAUUUUGAAAUUUUGGCAUUUUAGUCAAGAGUCACCUAACGACACAGACAAAUUGAAAAAGAUAAGGGAUACUUUUAAUAAGAUUUUAGAAAAAAUGCAAACCCUUUUGGAGCCAGAUAAUUUCUACAAUUCCAUUGAUCUUGCGGAAGAACUUAUACGUAAAAAGACCUUCAUGUGUGGUACUCUGAGACCAAAUCGGAAAGGAAAUCCUAAGAAAAUAAUAUCCAUAAAAUUGAAACGAGGUCAAAUAGUAGGAAAAAUGAACCCAAAUGGGGUAAGAGUUAUAAAGUGGACAGAUAAGAGACCGGUUCAUAUGAUUUCUACGUGCCGAAAUCACAAUUUGACUCUUAAAUCUACAGGUAAGACGAACCGAAUCACUGGAAACAUAAUUAAAAAACCACAAUGCGUCAUAACAUACAAUGAGAAUAAAAAAGGCAUCGAUUUUAACGACCAAAUGUCCUCAUAUUAUUCUAGCUUGAAAAGAGGCGUGAAAUGGUUUAGAAAAGUAAUGAUGGAGAUAUUAUUUGGAACAGUCAUAAUAAACAGCUGGGUAUUAUACAAUCACGGAAAACCAGUUCAAAUGCCAAAGAAGAAUUUUAUGGAAGCAAUUAUUGAAGCUUUGACUCAGGUGCCGAUAUUAACAGAAACAGCUAAUGAAUGUGCUGCUAUGCCAAAGACGAAUCAUACCUUCGAAACCAAAGGAAUAAAAAGAAGAAACUGUGCGGGUUGUUACAAUAAGCUUCGUGCAACGUUAAAUAGCAAAGAUGCUCAAAGAAAAACCAAAAAAAAUUAA